AGAUAGUUCAAUUUGGCUUAAUGUUUACAUUACGUUCGUGUAAAGAAAAUAUUAAAAACUACGAAACAUAGUUCAAAUUUUAUUAAACCCAUUUAUACUGUGUGCACGUUGAACUUCGAUCUUCUGAAAGAAAGCUAUGAACAAACUAAAGCUCAACCAGAAGGUAAAGGUAAACAAAUUCAUUUCACUCACACACACGGGAGAGCAGACGGCCAUCCGAUGCUUACAGGAUAAUGAAUGGAAGCUCGACUUGUCCUGCGAUACAUACUUCCAAAACCCUGACCUGUACUAUCGCGAACUGGACAAGAAGAAAAUCGAACAGUUGUUUAGCGUGUAUCGUGAUCCAUCGGACCCGAACAAAAUCAACUCGGACGGAGUGGAACGAUUUCUAGAGGAUCUGCAUCUGAAUCCGGAGUCCAAGCUGGUGCUGAUCAUAGCUUGGCGCUUCAAGGCGGAAGCACAGUGUGAGUUCGCUCGGCACGAGUUCAUCAACGGGUUUUACGAUCUUGGUGUUGAUAGCAUAGAGAAGCUAAAGGAAAAGUUACCGCGCCUCGAGCAGGAGCUGAAGGACCCGGGACGGUUCAAAGAUUUCUAUCAAUUCACCUUCAAUUACGCAAAGGACCCGGGCCAGAAGGGACUCGAUCUAGAAAUGGCCAUCGCGUACUGGAAUAUUGUACUUAAGGAUCGGUUCAAAUUUCUAGAUUUGUGGUGCAAGUUUCUGGUGGAAAACCAUAAGCGAUCAAUUCCGAAAGAUACGUGGAAUUUGUUACUAGAUUUUGCCACCUACAUUGACGAUAGCAUGUCCAACUACGAUGCCGAAGGAGCUUGGCCGGUGCUAAUCGAUGACUUUGUCGAAUGGUGCCUGAAACAGAACAAGGUAACCCAUCCGUCAGUUAUUACUUCCACCACCGGUGGCCACAGUGGAACUGGCAUCGGAAGCGGCUCGCAUUUGAUGCAGCAUGUCCCAUCCACCUCGGCAAUGAUGAGCAACGUUUCCGUUCCUGGUGCAGCCACGGCAACCUCCACAACAACGACGACCAACCCGUACGGUGGCAGCCGAUCUAGCCCUUAUGGUACGGCUGCCGGUAGCACGGGCAAUAUGUUUUACUAGAGUCACGUCAUCAAUCACAUCAGUCAGUUGUUUAGCCGGCAGUGUGAGGGCAGUCAGUCACAGUCUCUCUUACGUUCCCUUCGCCGAUACUGCCUCGUAUUUGUCGUUUGGAUUCAGCUGCGUGCCGCAUAAAUUUUUUCAUCAUAUUUUGAUCAUUUUGCUAUAAAUUUGCCCAUUUUAAAUGGGUGGGAAAGCGUUGAUGCAUGGCGCUGAUGUAAAUGUGACAGUGCAUCGCGAAACGCUUUUCUUCGUCGUGUCGGUGGCUGGUUCCUACCGUGUACAACAAGUGGAAUAUAAAUUUGGUCAAUGUCAGCUGGAAUUUUUCAUGCGAUCGCAUCUCAUUUGAUUACAUAUGAGAGCGUUCUGCGUGCAUUCAUUUUCACCCUCAACGUCUGUUAUAUUAUGAAAUUCAAUAGAACACCAUCGUGGCUUUUUGGCACAGGCCUGCCAGAUCAUUGAUGAUAUAUGUCCAAUCUGUUAAGCAGUUGGAAUCUGCGAACCGACGUAAUAUGUGUACAUCGGUCUUCUGUUUCUUUCACGUUUCAUCCUUUGGUAAAUGGCAUGCAAAUUUUGGUAGUUCUGUUGAUUUUCUGUAUAUUUUUCUUUUCUGUAGGUUUGCUACAUCCCUGAAAAUGCGGCAAACUGCAAAUAUACGCCGGUGAAGGCAUAGUAGAAGAGGAAGAUUGAACGUAGAACAUAAAAUGAACCUGGAGAAACUUGAGGGUAACUUUUAAAUUUACCUAGAAGCUAGAUUCUGCAUAACAUUGAUUUAAACACUAAUGGAUUACACACCAAUAAUUAAGCUACAAAUGUA